CGAUUAUUGUCGAUUCAAAAACCAUAAAGUUAACCAAAAAAAAACAUACACAAAUACACACUUAUGCCUUUGUUUUUAGAUCUGAUUGAUUAAUCAAGAUCUUUUUAUUUAAUCUAAAUAUGAAACCACUUACCACAACCUUAUUCUUCUUGUUAUUACAAUGAGCAGCUACAGAAUUUUUUUUUGGGUUGUCUCGGAUUAUGCAUUUUUUUGCAGACCUUUAAUAUUGUUACUUGUUUACCAAUGACAACUUUCAUUUGAUCAUAAUAAUAUUUGAUAUAUAAAUGUUGAACCUACCUUAUAUUAACUAAUUAAUAUACUUAGUUAAUAGGAUCACAGGUUGACAAAUUCUUAAAAUUUCUUGAUUUUUCUGGAGAAAUAAUUUUAUUUCGAUUCGAUACGCCAUUUAUGAAUAGUCAUUGAGAGUACGUGUUUUCAUCCAAACGCCCAGCUAGCCUGUAUUGACAAUUUUAUGAUUCUGUUUUCUGCUUUUCUUGUUGAAGUUUUCAUUCUUUUUAUUUUCUUUUUCGAAAUUGUUUCUAAUAAAUAAAAGAAUUAUGUAUCGAUACGUUUUAUUAGUGAUAUUUUCAUUCAUAACAAUUUCAUCAUCAUCAAAUAUUGAAAUUCUUUAUUCACCUGAUUCAAUCAUAUUUCAAAAUACCACCGAUGCGCUUUCAAGCACAGAUUUUUCUUCAUUCUUGAGCCAAUGUCUUGGCUAUACGACCAAGAAACCAAAUUGGAACGGAUUUUAUGGCUAUAAAAAUAUUGCCAAAAAUGUUCCGAAAAGCGUUGUUGUAUUUCAUAUUCCAGUUUCACUACAACCGAUUGCUGCCCAUACAUUCUCAAUGAAUAUUGAUUCCGAUUUAAAUGAACAAUAUCAUAAAACCAAAAAAUUGAUGACAAAAACCAAGAAUGAGGUGCAAUCAGAUUUUAUUCGAUUGUCAAAUUUUGACGAAAAAACUGACUUGGAAUCACAAUUGAAUUCAUUGGAAAAACAUUUGAGCAAGAUGGAAUCGCGUAACGAAGAUCAACCAGUUUUUCUAUGGUUCGAAAUGUUUUCCAGUAAUAAUGGUGCCGAUGUUGUGGACAGAUUUUCAAAGAUAAUUAAUCAUGUAAAAUAUUUAUUUGGACCUAAUACAUUGAUCGUAUCUAUUUAUGAUGAAAAUCAAUCCAUUUUGGAACGAGCGAUUCGUCAAGCGGGUAAGGAUGGUGAAAAGGAAAAAUAUAAAGUGAAUUUAGCUCAUGAAUAUGAUGUUGAUUUUCAUACAUCAUUCAUUACAAUCGGUUUUGCAUCAUUAUUGUUUAUAUUGGCCGUAUUUAUUAUAUCCGUUUCAAUGUGGAAUAUUGAUCCAGGCCGUGAUUCAAUCAUCUAUCGUUUAACAUCGCAAAAAAUCAAAAAAGAUCAAUAAAGAUCAAUCAAUUAUUUCA